AUGGAUAUUCACGACGACGUCAAAAUCGAAUCGACGACGACCUUGCUACAGUUGCGAAGAGAUCCCCUGUACAUCGUCGUGCCGGUCAGUGUCGCGUACUGCGUGAUAUUUUUCGCCGGAUUGCUGGGCAACGUGUCGACCUGCCUGGUGAUCGCCAAAAACAAGGCCAUGCACACCUCGACGAAUUAUUACUUGUUCAGUCUGGCGAUUUCGGAUCUGCUGCUGCUCGUCAGCGGACUGCCGCCGGAAAUCUAUUACAUGUGGUCGAAUUAUCCGUACGUGUUCGGCGAGGCUUUCUGCAUACUGCAGAGUUUCGCCGCCGAAACGGCGGCAAACGCGACUGUGCUUACUAUCACGGCCUUUUCGGUCGAAAGAUACGUUGCCAUUUGCCAUCCAUUCCUUUCACACGCGAUAUCCAACCUGAAGCGGGCCAUCAGGUAUGUGAUAGCCGUGUGGACACUGGCCCUCGUGCUGGCGAUCCCUCAAGCCGUGCAAUUCGGCCUGGUCUAUCAGCGCCACGAGGACGGCUCGAUCGUCGCCGAGAGCGCGAUCUGCUCGCUCAAGUGGACCUUCCUGGAUCACGCCUUCGAGGUGUCCACCUUUCUGCUCUUCGUCGUGCCCAUGAUCGUCAUAACGGUGCUGUACAUUCUGAUCGGCGUCAAGUUGAGGAGGACGAGCAUGUCGAUGACGGGCACGAGGGACGACAAGGUCGAGCAUCGAUACUACAGCGUAGAUCGAGGUGACGGCAGGAAAAGGUGCUCGCAAAAGAACAUAACGAGGAUGCUGGUUGCAGUGGUCAUAACGUUUUUCAUUUGUUGGGCGCCGUUUCACGCUCAGCGACUGUUGGCUAUUUACGCGAAAAACUACAACGUCAAGAGUAGCGAGCCAACGAUCGUUUUACCGGUUUACAGGAGCCUCACGUACAUAUCCGGCGUUUUGUACUAUUUAUCCACCGCGAUCAAUCCAUUGCUCUACAACAUAAUGUCGAAUAAAUUUCGCAAAGCUUUUAUGCUGAUGUUUUCCAAGAAAUGCCGAGCCCAAGUCCAAAGAAACUCGAGCAAUCGUCCUCAAUUUUCGAUAAAAAAUUACUCACCCUAUCCGAAUGGCAGUAGCAACAACCAACAAAAGGAAGCCUGCGUGACGAUGUCGCUAUCUUUGAGCGACGAAACUGUGCCAAAGACAACGAUCUGCGGUCAAUACACCAUGCAAAACGACAACAUUACUCCUAGCUCUUAUCAAACUACCUUAGACAGAUAA